UCAUUCAGGAGAAUACAAGCAGCACAGGAAUUUCUUUAUCACAAGAACCUACAAGGAUUGAACCUAAAGACACCUCUCCACAAAUUAUAAACGGUGAAGACUUGUGUAAAUAUAUUCCUAAUUUGUAUCGUUUAUUAGAAUUAUACAAAGACGAUGGUUCGAAUGGUUUUGAUAUGUUCUUUACAUGA